CGCUUUCCCCGGCCGUGUCAAGCGCUGGUCUUCACUGGAGCCGGUCCCAGUCGCUCGGAACGGUGAACAGCUGUGUCUGUCUCAGGAGGUGGAAGGGCAGAUGACCACAAUAAAGUAAUGGGCUGUGCAUACUGUAAGCAGAAGAAGACAAAAGACGUGGACACAAACGACCAGUCGGCAUGUGACUCAGGCACUGGAGGGUUGGGCUCCAAGUCCCGGUACGGCCCGGAGCCGACCCAGAACCCAGGGGCAGAGCUCAUCCCCAACUUCAACAACUUCCCCAUGGCCCCUACGCAGCCCUUCAACCCCGGAACCAGCUUCCCCAGCAGCAGAUCCCAGCAGGGCGGCACUGCCAUCACAGGUGGGGGUGUGACGCUCUUCCUAGCUCUCUAUGACUAUGAAGCCCGAACGGAGGAUGAUCUCUCAUUUCUCAAAGGAGAGAAAUUCCAUAUUAUUAACAACACCGAAGGUGAUUGGUGGGAGGCCCGUUCUCUGGACACAGGGAAUUCUGGGUAUAUUCCAAGCAACUAUGUUGCUCCAGUGGAUUCGAUACAAGCAGAAGAAUGGUAUUUUGGCAAGAUGGGUCGAAAAGAUGCAGAGCGUCAGUUGCUUAGUGCAAAUAACCCAAGAGGAACUUUUCUCAUACGAGAGAGUGAGACCACAAAAGGAGCAUACUCACUGUCCAUCCGUGACUGGGACGAUGGGAAGGGAGAUCAUGUCAAGCACUAUAAGAUUAGAAAACUGGACAAUGGUGGAUAUUACAUCACAACACGUACACAGUUUGACACAGUUCACCAGCUUGUAGAGCAUUAUAAAGAACGAGCCGCAGGGCUUUGCUGUCGUCUGAUGGGCAGCUGUAGGCGGGGCAUGCCUAAGCUGGCUGACCUAUCAGUGAAGACUAAAGAUGUAUGGGAGAUCCCACGCGAGUCGCUCCAGCUUAUGAAGAAGCUGGGGAAUGGACAAUUUGGAGAAGUGUGGAUGGGCAUGUGGAAUGGCACGACGAAAGUGGCGGUAAAGACGCUGAAGCCGGGCACCAUGUCCCCUGAGGCCUUCUUGGAUGAGGCUCAGAUCAUGAAGAGGCUCCGCCACGAUAAGCUGGUGCAGCUCUAUGCUGUGGUCUCUGAGGAGCCCAUCUACAUCAUCACUGAAUUCAUGAGUCAAGGGAGUUUGCUUGAUUUCCUGAAAGAUGGAGAUGGCCGAAAUCUGAAACUUCCUCAGCUGGUAGACAUGGCAGCACAGAUUGCAGCAGGCAUGGCGUAUAUUGAGAGGAUGAACUAUAUCCAUCGAGACUUGCGUGCAGCCAACAUCCUGGUUGGAGACAACCUAGUGUGUAAAAUUGCAGAUUUUGGACUGGCACGACUCAUUGAGGACAAUGAGUACACAGCCAGACAGGGGGCCAAAUUCCCCAUCAAGUGGACGGCGCCUGAGGCAGCUCUCUUUGGGAAAUUCACCAUCAAAUCCGACGUCUGGUCGUUUGGCAUCUUGCUUACUGAGCUCAUCACCAAAGGCCGUGUGCCAUACCCAGGCAUGAAUAAUAGGGAGGUGCUGGAGCAGGUGGACCGUGGCUACAGGAUGCCUUCUCCCCCUAACUGUCCCACCUCGCUGCACGAGCUGAUGCUGCAGUGCUGGAAGAAGGAGGCGGACGAGAGGCACACCUUCGAAUACCUCCAGGGUUUCCUAGAGGACUACUUCACUGCCACCGAGCCCCAGUACCAACCUGGGGAGGACCUGUGACCCACACACGUAUACAUACAAAGACUCAUACAAGCACAGCAAAACACAGACAAAACAGGAACAUCGGUCUACUUACACAGAGCAUGUUGACAUACAUUUCUAUUCUACUGGAUUGUAUUCUCAUUAUGAAUGCAAAAUAUCAACAUAAAAUAUAAUACGUAACAGUUAACUUAUAUAGAAUGUAUGCUGCCACAGUCCUGGUAGAUCUCAACGGUUCUGUGAUCUCUUAUACAAAUAAAUUACUCAGUCUUUCCCCCUUUCCUGUCUCCUCCAGUUACACUCCGAUAGGUGUACACAUAUACACUGAUUCACUCACAAUUGUUUGUGUAUUAAUUUUUUAUUUUUGUGUAACAGUUUCACUCAGCCUGUCCUCUAAGUGUCACUGUAUUCUUUCUGUCUUGUGUGAUGUCAAGAUGCUGCCCGAUGUCAUUCUUUCAGUGUAGGUAUAUUGUUUGUGUAAUUGUCUGCUUGUGACAUUAACAUUUGACUGUUUCAUUUCAUUUUACGUUCAUGAGUGACUUUUAACUCUGACUUUUCGACAUGUAUACUGUAACUUAAGACAGGUCUGUUUUGUUUUGCAUGUAUGUGUAUUGCUGAUGUUUGAGCUAGCAUGAGUAGGCUCCACAACUGAGAGCAUCUUCAAUGGUGUGUGACUGAUUAGUAGUGUUUGUAAAUCAUGGUAUACAGUCCAUAAAGUUAUAGGCCUUGUAUGUGUUUAUGCCUAUAUGAAAACCAUGAAUUCCCAUGUCUGACCAAAAGAAUUGAUGUUUGGUUUUAUUAUACCACUUUGAAUUAAAGGCCUUUGCAUUGUAUAGUGUACCCGUAAUGUGUGUAUUAGGAUUGUGAAAAGUUUUUUUAGUUUUACAGGUUUCAUUUAGAAGACCUAAAGGUUCUACCAACAACCCACUUUUUGUAUGAAUUUUUGUAGAACCUUUCAUGCUUCAAAAAUGUGGCAAGGUUCUAAGAAGAGCUUAAGAUGUCUUUUACUGUCAGAGACUAUUAUAUGCCAAUGAAAAUAAAGCAACUAGUUGUCAAAGCUAUAAAA